AUGCCAGACGGGAAGAUGUGCGUCCUGUCGCUGCUACCUCAUGCCAGGAUGUUCUUUAAACACGGGGUCCUCUUAGCGCCACCCAUACACUCGGGCCUCCCGCCAGUGCCUGUGGAAUCUGAAAUCAGUUGCGCGUUCGCCCGAGCUACGCUCCCGGAAGUACAUGGGGGUCGUGUCCGGGGCCGUGGGCUGCGCACGCCGGUUCGUGGCGGCACGUGCCUCUGCACGUGGCCACGCGCCUGGCCCCCCGGCGCCCUGGAGCCGCCGGUGUCGGUCUCGGAGGCUGUGUCGUCCCUGACCAUCGCCGACGCGUUCGUGGCGGCCGGCGAGAACUCAGCGCCGCCCGCUAGGAGGUUCAUCUGCUCCUUCCCCGACUGCAGUGCCAAUUACAACAAAGCCUGGAAGCUAGAUGCGCACCUGUGCAAGCACACGGGGGAGAGACCAUUUGUUUGUGACCACGAGGGCUGUGGCAAGGCCUUCAUCAGGGACUACCAUCUGAGUCGCCACGCACUGAUUCAUACUGGAGAAAAGCCGUUUGUCUGCACAGCUAGUGACUGUGAUCAGAAGUUCAACACAAAAUCGAACUUGAAGAAACAUUUUGAACGCAAACAUGAAAAUCAGCAAAAGCAGUAUGUAUGCGGCUUUGAGGGCUGUCAGAAGACCUUCAGGAAACACCAGCAGCUGAAGACGCAUCAGAGCCAGCACACCAACGAGCCACCCUUCAAGUGUGCCCAGGAGGGAUGUGGGAAACACUUCGCCUCCCCCAGCAGGCUGAAGCGGCACGCCAAGGUCCAUGAGGGUUACACGUGUCAAAAGGGAUGUUCCUUUGUGGCCAAAACAUGGACAGAGCUCCUGAAACACACAAGAGAAGCCCAUAAAGAGGUAACAACCUGUGAAGUAUGCCAGAAAACGUUUAAGCGCAAAGAUUACCUUAAGCAACACAUGAAGACUCACGCCCCGGCGAGGGACGUAUAUCGCUGUCCGCGGGAAGGCUGUGGGCGGACCUACACCACUGUAUUUAAUCUGCAGAGCCACAUCCUCUCCUUCCAUGAAGAAAUGCGUCCAUUUGUGUGUGAGCACGCGGGCUGUGGCAAAACGUUUGCCAUGAAACAAAGUCUCACACGGCACGCUGUUGUGCACGACCCUGACAAGAUAAAGCUCAAAGUAAAACGAUCUCGUGAGAAACGGAGCCUCGCCUCCCAUCUCAGUGGCUAUAUCCCCCCUAAAAGGAAACAAGAGCAAGAGUUGCCUAAAAACGGAGAGUCGCUGGACUGUGUUGAAGACAGGGUGCUCUCAACAGUUGCUGUGCGUACCCUCACCUGAAUGGUACCCUGCGUUGUUUAAAGGACCACGGACCAGUGAGCUUAUUUUCACACCAAGCAUAUUUUCUUUAUUAGUCACUGAUGUGGAUCAUUUGAUUCCUUUUCACUUCUACUUUCUUUGUGCAAAGUGUCUCUUUUCUGGGUCCCUUGAGAUUCUUUAUAUGUAUUCUCUUCCUUUUUGCUCAAAUGACGAAGAACACACAUUACAGCUUUUCCUCCUUUAACAGCUUGUGGCUUGGAUUUGAAGGUGGCUAUUCCAGGCAUUGUCUGGAGUAUUUGAUUAAAUAGCUCCUCCUAAAAAGGGAAAACAGCCAAAGAUGAAUUUAAAGUCACUGUCUUAGGAGUGGGCAUUUAGCCUGGCAAUUAAGAUGCUUGCAUUCUAAAUCACAGUGCCAAGGUGUGGAUCCCAGCCCUGCCCCCAAUUCCAGCUCCCUACUAAUGCUGGAAGGCCUGGGAGGCAGCAGUGAUGGCUCAAGUGGUUGAGUUCCUGUCACCUUCUUGGGAGCCCUGGACUGCAUUCCUGGCCCAGCCUUGGCCGUUGCAGGCAUCUGGGGAGUGAACCAGAGGAUAGCGGCAUGCACUUCCUCUCUCUCUAUGGUUUUGUCUCUCAAAUAAGCAAAAUUAAAAAAUAAAGCCAGUGUCUUUGAUGCUUUCUAAUGUUCAUAAUCCAGUACUUAUAAAAAAUCUGCCUUCUUCCUGUCAGAGAUGCUACCUGCCUUUACUGGCCAGCUCUCCUCCCAGACCAGCUAGGUAAUGGAAGUCAACAGGGUGCCUUCCCCAAGGAGGUUCAUACCUCCCUUAGGACAUACCCCUCAUAACUGACAAGGCCUUAAAGCCCACCAGAUUAUUACUUCUAUCAGUUUUUUUUUUUUUUAAGAUAUAUUUAUAUAUUUGAAAGUCAGAGUUACACAGAGAGAGGAGAGGCAGAGAGAGAGACAUCUUCCAUCUGCUUGCUCAUUCCCCAACUGGCCACAAUGGCUGGAGCUGCGCUGAUCUGAAGCCAGGAGCCAGGAACUUCCUCCGGGUUUCCCAUGUGGGUGCAAGGGCACAAGAACUUGGGCCAUCUUCUUCUGCUUUCCCAGGCCAUAGCAGAGAGCUGGAUCAGAUGUGCAGCAGCUAGGACUUGAACCGGUGCCCAUAUGGGCUGCCAGCAUUGCAGGGGGCAGCUUUACCUGCUACCUCACAGUGCCGGCCCCAACCCUCUGUCAGUUUGUUUGCCUCUCAAUCGGAGAAUUGAUUCGUGGUUUACACCUUUCUUAAGUCCUCUAUUAAUGGCUUUGUCCUUUGUUCUAGACCCUGUCUAGCCCAUUUGGGGCCUCAUUCCUUUGUAAUCAUAGCCUCUACUUUUUUUUUUUUUUUUUUUUACAUUUUGAAUUUUAUUUAAACUUGUGUUCUGGCUCAUCUUUAAGUUUGGUGUACAAAUCAUUUUUAAGACUCAAGUCCUGUAAACUUAGGUCAAGCUUCAAUAGCUGAUAACUGUUCAAUGCAGAUCCUUUCUUGCUUGCUUGCUGUAUGUUCUGCAGGCUUACAAAGGUGUUUCCUUAAACGGUGGUGUCUCCAAAGUCCUUGUUCCAAGCCUCUACUUUUACAUCAAUGGCUCUACUCCCGACCUGUGUGUACUGAUGGUCCUCUCCCCCACUUAAUGUUUUAUGAUCAGAAUUUCUCCUCAAACCUCUCUACCUGCAAAAGAUGAAUGGUCUUUCUCCCAGUCUUGGUUGAGAUCAGCUUUAAACUACAUCCAUCAGUCUUCACAAGGGUCCAGAGACACCCCCCCCCCCCAUUUCCUCUCCUCUAUGAAAUCCUCUCAUUAUUUAGUUAAUACCACUAUUAGGACCGUUGGUUGCUAUUCUCACCCUUUUAUACUACCAUGUGUUUAAGUGUUUACAGGAGGUGACAAUGGAAUGAACCAAGGCCUUCACCAGCCAGUCAGUCAACCAAACACUGCUACAGGGAUAUACUCAGUUCCCCACUCAGGAGACAGCGGCUUGAGACAUCACCCAAUGACAGCAGAGAGUACUUCAUCGCCCCAUAUCAGCAGGAAGUAGCUCUAAAGACAGAUCAUCGUCCCUCUACCCUUCCUCGACUUUUGGAACUAAUAUAAUCUCAUACACUCUAGCUUUAUAAAAAAACAAAAGGAUGGAAUGUUAGUAAAAUGGCAGAGUCUUAACUGUGGCACAACCUACACCCCGGACACCAUCCUAGGCUCUAGUCCCUGCCGCCAUGGCUGGAAGCCAGGUGACCCCAUGGCCUAACCACCGGUGUCUGCUCUACCCCCAUCCUAAUAGUAUUUGCUGCUCCUACUUCCUUAGCUCCCGCCCCGCCCCCCCCCCCCAAGUUUUAAGAGGACCUGUUCCUGAACACAUAGCUCAUUCUCUUGAUCGCUCUCUCAUUCUCUCUUUUGAUCUCUCUCUCACGCUCUCCUUCUCUUUUCCUUCUUCACCCCUUGCCUCCGGUCUGUCGAGUUUCCCCCAAUAAACCCUUGUCCGUUAAAAAAAAAAAAAAAAAAAAAAAAACCUGCCUUCUUUAAUUGCUGCCACUUAAGUGACUAAUUAACUCAUACAUAUCUGGUUGAUUGGACUCUGUACAGCAGCUCCGUGUAAUUAAUACACGGAAGGAUCUGAGGUCCUAAAUCUCCACGGUCACAGCAGAAAGGGGCUAUCUUUGUCCUAGAAUGCUCUUGCAAAAACAAGCACAAAGUCCCAAGGCUGAGCCUUGACAAAGUAUCUCCUUAUUCCCUGAAACUGUCAGCCAGUGUACCUCUCAAAAUACUUGCAACAGUAACACAGAAUCACGUGAGGUGAUUAAGAAAAGAGACCUGUGCUCCAAAAAUUCUGGGCCUGUGCUGAAGUGAUUCUAACACAGAUUAGGGUUCAAAACCACUGGACGAAUGCUACCUUUACUGAAUGAUAAGAUACCCAAUUAAAAGCAAAGUAGGUGUUCCAUGGACAUCCUGGGAUUUCAAACCCAUAGAUGCUCUCUGGAGGACAGUCUCUGUGAAAUGCCCAUAAGACUUAGAAGAGACACGAUAUGUCCCGUUUCCAGUUUUCCAUGUGAGGGUUGACUAUUCUUCAGUUUGUAUAUCAGAGCACUAUAUAAUUGUUAAAUUAUAGACUAGAGAAUGUUUCCAUUUGGGAAAUGUAUGCACAGUGUGCCUGCAUUUUGAAAAACACAUUGGUAAGCUAUUACUUACUAAAUGGCAGAAGUACCAGUCACUGUUUUGCUUUUAAGUUUUCCCAGGAAACACAAGCAACUGGCAUACCUGUUUCCACUUACCGUUUUGUUUUCUGGCUCAUCUGCAUUUUUCCCCUUCUUUAUAGUAAUUUGAACUUGGUAUUUUUUCUCAAUCCACUGCUGAAUCUGUUUAUUCUUUGUGUCCAAAUCAUGUUGUCCAAUAUUUGAAGAGAAAGUCAGCUCUUUUGUCAGGAUUGGUCCUAGUUUGAAACAGAGAUUUGAUGCUGGGACCAUUUUCUAGUUUCCAGUGAAACCUGAACUCUUCUUCUUGCAAACCCCAUGCUGUGUCCAUCUCCUAAGAUCUUAGGUUUGCUGCAGGGCUCUCCCAAGCCUCAGCUGACCUUCAGUUUCAAAUAAAGGCUUUCUUAAACUGAGGAGACAGACAUAAAGGCACCAUUUUUUUUUUUAACCUGCCAAGUAAAGGUAUUGAAAGUUGUUUUUUUUGUUUGUUUGUUUUUUUGACAGAGUGGACAGUGAGAGAGAGAGAAAGGGCUUCCUUUUCUGUUGGCUCACCCCUCAAUGGCCACUGCAGCUGGCGCACCGCGCUGAUCUGAAGCCAGGAGCCAGGUGCUUCUCCUGGUCUCCCAUGCAGGUGCAGGGCCCAAGCACUUGGGCCAUCCUCCACUGCACUCCCGGGCCACAGCAGAGAGCUGGACUGGAAGAGGAGCAACCAGGACAGAAUCUGGUGCCCCAAUUGGGACUAGAACCCAGGGCGCCAGCACCGCAGACAGGAUUAGCCAAGUGAGCCAUGGUGCCAGCCUUUUUUUUUUUUUUUUUUUGAGAUUUAUUUAUUUAUUUGAAAGAGUUACACAGAGAGAGGAGAGGCAGAGAGAGAGGUAGAAAGUUUUUGAUUAGUUUUUUGCAUUAUACUUGAAUCAGGAAGAAAAGCCACCUCAGAAAAAGUAAAGCAACAUGAAUAGGCAACUUAGAAGAAAAACUUCAAAUAAUGAAAAGGAAAUAAAACAGUAAGCUAUGAUUUCUCAUCCACUGACAUGACAAAAAUUUAGAAUCUGACAGUACCAAGUGCAGGUAAGGAUGUAGAGCAAGGAAUUUCAUAGGUGGUUGCUGAUAGCAAUUUAAACCUGAUAGGUUAGAGUUACAGAUGCUAAAGUAUGUACAAAAUGUCCAUAAUACUGAGAAACAGCGAGAAACUCAGUGUCCAUGGAGAUGGAGUAACAAAUCUGAAAUAAUCUCAUGAUGAAAUGCAAUAUGGUAACUAUAACACCAAUGGAACUUGAAAAUAACAGUAUGCCAUUUGUAUUUUACAUAUAUACAUCUGUGUGUCAUUUAUGAAUAUACUUGUAUAUAGCUGAGUUUAAUGAUGGACUGGAUUUACACCCUUAACCCCAUGAGAGUGAGCAAGUACAACCCUGGGGCGAGGGAGUUGGGGACCAUAACUUUUCUGUAAUGUUUUAUUUAAGAAAAUCUGAAGGGGCUGGUGUUGUGGUGCAGUGGAAAAGCUGUCACUUGCAACACAGGCAUCCUGCAUCCGAGCACUGGGUCAAGUUCUGGCUGCCCCACUCCCACUCCAGCUUCCUGCUAGUGCUCCUGGGCAAGCAGCAGAAGAUGAUCUGAGACUUAGGUUCCUGCCACCUACCCAGGAGGCCAGGACAGAGUUCCUGACUCCUGGCUUUAGCCGCUCCCAGCCCUGGCCAUUGUGGCCAUUUGGGGAAUGAACCAGCGGAUGGAAGAUCUCUCUUUCCCUCUCAUCCUGUCACUCUGCUUUUCAAAUAAAUGAAUCUUCAAACAUUUUUUUAAA